AUGAACAAAGCGGACGAGAACGAACAAUGGAUGGGUCGAAAGGCAGCGCGAAGGUUCAUCGCUCGACUCGCCAUCGGUGAUGGCCUCUGGCGUUUGACUAGACUGAAGAAGGAGGAUAGAAGAAGCGAGGCGGCUUUGACCUCGGACGAGAAGGGAGAGACGAAGCAGCGGGACUGCUUGUCUUCUGUCUUGGAAGUAGUUACGAAGGGGAAAGAGUACCAGUCCCAACCUUCUCCGCCUAUUUCCACCAAGUACCCCUUGUCAAACACCCCCGAAAUUGUUGUUGUAUUGUCCCAAUACCGCGUCACAACCCUCUCAACGACUAUCAUCUCGUUCGUCUCCUUCCCCUAUCAAAGAACUAGAAUCACCGGUGAUGUUUUCCCGGUUCCCCACUGCUGCCACCUCCAUAUCCCCUUCCCUUUAUCCUUCUGCCGAGAAACACCACCACAAGCACCUUCUCCGACUGUUGCUACCCUUCACAUGUAA